AUGUAUGAAAUUAUUAAUAUAAAAGUUCAAUUUCUACUUGUGUACCGGUCCGGGUACCCGGAGUCCGUGUUCGAGAACGCCAACUACACUGGCGCAGAUCAAAGGGAGCUGCCGCCCGAGCCGCGUCCGGAUUUCCGGAUGGAGUCUAACUUCGUGCUGGUGAACAGGGACCAGUCCAGGAGGCUCGGGCAGACGUGGGCCCCGGUCAAUGAGACGUUCUUCGAGGGCGUUAAUAAUGUGAUGCAGCCGUUUGUUAAUAACACGGAAGAUAUGUUCGGUCCGGCAGACCGCAGGGUGGUGGGCGCGGACCGUCUAGCCAAUAUGGACAGGAAUUCCUCCGCCCACUGUCGCGCAGACGAACAGGAAUUGGAACAGGAGCUCGAAGCCCUCGCUCGCCGCAUCGACACAGAGUUCAAGAGCGCCGACUAGGCUGAGUGUUCGUUACAGCUCCCCCUUCAAUAUAAACCUGAGAGUCCGUCCAAACCGGUGUACAGUCAAAUGCUUUGUUGAUUAGAUUAAGCUCUUCUUGCUAACGGUAUGAAAUGUCCUAGGUGAAGUUAACCGACGAAAGAGCUUUUAGACGGUCUUAUCCUAUUGACGGUCUUUCCAACGUUGACCUAACGGAACUUUAGUUGACUUUAUUUGAAACAGUUGAUUGUAAAUCAAUACUCGACUGAUCUGUUGUUUGCAGCGACAAAAGUAUGGUUACAUAUUUUCACACUUACACUGUCGGCUGCAGAGUUAUAUUGGACGGACUCUACUGCGUUUAAAAUAUAUACUUUACUUUUUUUUUGGCUCUUGAUGCGCCUUAUAUAAUUUUAAGUUCUAAUUUAUCUCUCAUGUUCCCAAAUGUUUUGAGUUCUCACAGGUUAUUACAGGACAAAAAUAACCUUUUGGGUACAGAAGAGACUUCUUUUUUUCUGUGUUUAUGAUUUCAUGUAAUCGACUGAUAAUCUCGGCUGGACUAGGAUUGCCGGCUUCGUGUUAUUAAACGACCUCGCUCGUUAACUCGGCCGGCAACCCCUUUCCGACUCCUCGUUAUUCUGCCUGAAAUAUUUUCAUGAAUAUUUUCACAUCAGUUGAACUACUUAUCGUAUAUAACCUUGGAGGAUUUAACAACUGGAGACGCCUUGUCUGUAAUUUUCAGUACAAAACAGCUGAUUUUUGCGGGGUAAGGGCACGACGAAUGUAUGGUUAUUUGUACAUAACAUACAAAUAGCCAUGUCAGAUAAACGUCAUUCCAUACAAUAUAGGACCAUUGGCCGAGGUUUUCGACGGUGGAGUAAGCUCUUAAAGGCGACUCAGGUUGUUAAAUCCUCCUAGUAUAUAACCAACAAAAAAGGUUUUGCCAUAAAUAUUAUCUCAUGAUUCCUGAUGCAAUUAUCUUUUCGAAAUAUCGUUUAGUGGAAUUAGUAGUAAAUCUACCUUAAAAAAGAAACGCGUCUGUAAAAUGCUUUCAACAAUUUAAACUUUGCUCGAUAGGGCCUAAAGAUGAUUCACUUUCAACUUUGCCCGGUUUUUGGGCCUAAGAUGAAUCAUUUUUAACUUUGCCUGAUGUUUGGGUCUAAGAUGAUUAAAUUCAGGACUUGAAAUUAAAAAUUAUAUAGUAUUUAAAUAAAUUAUUAAAUGAAUUUGUACAAAAAAGAAAUAUAAAGGGGCACGGGCAUACCUAUUCUUAACAGAUUUAACGUCCAGAAAAGUCUUAUAAAACUAGAAAGUGCAAGGCACGAAUACUUGGUGCACUAAACAGGUAUUUAACAUCGAUUCGGACAUAUUGCCAAAGAUAUGUGUAGAUACGACCUAAUAUUGAUAUUUAUUGGUAAAUAUUCUUUACUAGUUAGUAUACAAUUAUUUUAUUUUUACAAUUAUCUCUCAUAGAAAAGAAGUUUUUCAUGCAUUUCAUUUCUAAAAUAAUAUUUCUUUUUAUUUACUUAAAUAUAAACACAUAACAUAGGUAGCUUACACUACAUUUUAAUAUGUUGCAAUUGAGUCAAUGAUCCGUGGCCAUCGAAGAACUCAUCAAUGGUAUAGCCAUUUCUAGCAGUACGGCUUUUUGUUUGUGGACAAAUAUUGCAUCGCUAGUAGCUUGCUUUAUUUCAUCGUCCAGUAUGUUGUACAGUCUGAUUCCCAAUACGUGCAUAGACUUCCUAGUUUUUGCGAGCCGACACGCGGGCACGACCUACUGAUUAAGCCUACGCGUCACGCUACCUCGGAGUUGGCUAUGAGUGGGGGUCUGAGCAGCAUUUUUUCUCACGUAUUUGAAUGCUUCUAUUAUACACGUGACACACUGGGUAACGUAAGUUUUUAGAAUUUUUAAACAGCCCCUUAGCCGGAUACUCGAGUGGUUUUCGUGGCAUAAUGCGGAGGGCACGCUUUUGUAACUUAAAUAGUCUUUCACGGUCCGCAGCAGUACCCCAUAGGUCGACACCGUAGAUUAGUAAAGAAUGGAAGUAACCAUAGUAACCAAAAGUCGUGCCCAAGCCGUUCGAGCAUUACUUUUGUGGGGCCAUUUUUUGGGUGAUUGUGAAUCCAGUUAAUUAUACUAUAUAGAUUUCAAUGAUUUUACGUAAAUGGUUUGUUUUCGUCCAAGGAAGUAGCUUAAUAAUCCAAGGAAGGAUCCAUUGACUCCAUACUGCAAUAGGUUUGCGUGCGUGGUCAAUUGACAUUAUUUAAUAUUUCUAACCCUCUAAUUUUAUUGGUUCUCUACACUUGAAUUAAAACGAGGAAUACGCUAAUAGGUUAUGUUUUUCAACUAGGCCUUGUAUUUUUUUUAAGUGUACUUAUUCUAAAAUGGCGUAUCUCCAGUUCUACGCUAGAAGCUGGGUCUUAUAUCGAUCGAAAAAAACACUAACGAAUGUAAUGUAAUUAAAUGUUUGUCCGAUGUUUUCGACUAAUCAUUUUUGCAGUACGAGUAGGUAAGGGACGAAAUAGUAUUUGGUAUGCUUUGCAGGAGUAUAUACUUCAUCGAUCCAUACGGCUUUGCCCAUUUUCAAAACGAUUAGUAGAUAGUAAUUUAAUUAUGUAAAUGAAUUUAUCUUUGUCAUGAAUUUCAAUCAACACGUCGUAUUUAAUGGACAAGGUCAAAUCCAAACUUAUGACAUCAAUGGGCUGCAAUUUUUAGUUGUUUGGGAUAUUUUCUUACCACACUCGUUGAAUGGGCAAAGUAGCAGCGAAACCCCAAUUGGGGGUAAAUAAUCUAAAUCUAGACUGCUUUGUUAUGCUUUUUAGAGCGAUCAUCACAUCUGCAAGUGAUAAUAAUUUGGUUAUAUUAAGGUAGUGUGUACAUAUUUUUGGUACUUCGUCCGAAUCGAUAUUUAGCACCUUGACUGUACGUUUAUUAUUAUUUGUCUGCGGCUCUAUGCUAUCUUAACUUUUUUUAUGACUACGCCCUGACUCUAUGGUCCGUUUAUUUUGAUAAAAAUCAAUUUUGUUUUUUGUUUUUUACAUGUCUAAUGAACUAUAGUGUUCGUCUCUUUCACAUCCUUUUUUGAGUGAGACGUGCAGAAGAUCAGGGGUAAACGCAUCCAUUCAGUUGCUACACUAGCCCAAUGAACUAUAUUCAAAAUGCUCCGUAGCGAACGAAACGCAACUGUCACUGUUGCACUAAGAUGGAAGAGAGAGAUGACUACGCUACGCUACGGAGCGUUAAAGAUUAGUAUGUUGGCUACGCGAGCAGACCUAUUAAGAAAUAAUAAGAUUUUGAAUACUUCGUCCGUUUAGCAAGAACGCUAAGCACGCAGAAUUUAGCAUUAUUGUAUUGUUGUCCCGCCUAUGAUCCGGCCUCUUUGCUAACGGGACAGCAAUAAUGCGGAAGGCACGCUUUUGUAACUUAAAUAGUCUCUCACGGUCCGCAGCAGUACCCCAUAGGUUGACACCGUAGAUUAGUAUAGAAUGGAAGUAACCGUAGUAGGCCUUCCUCUGGUUUUCCGCAGAAAGACUGUGAGUUAGCCUAGACAAUGCGAAGCAUGCAGAAGCGAGACGUUUACACGUCUCAUCUCGAGCGGGACAGCAAUAUAAUUAUGCGCGUGGGAUAGGAAAUUGCGGGUCAAUGUACAGAAUUCUUCGUGCUUAGCGUCCUUAUUUUAUUUACUGGACUAGUAUUUUGUCUGAAUGGAUAAACUGCGUCAUUAUUUAAAUACAGACGCACUUAUCCCAAUCGAUCCUAUACAGUGUUUUAUUAUACGCAAAUCAGCAAGAAAGUACGAUUUUUUUUGUUAUUACUUAAUCUUAAGUUAUUGAAUAGUUUUAAGUGUUUCAAAUCUAUUCUUGAUUUCCAUUUUAAGGACAGAGGAGUCGUGUUAUUUUUACAACAGUGAUUUCUAAGGGUAGUUCAGUUCUAUCGAGUCAAAUCAGGUACUCUUUAUGAAAGUCGAAAAAAAAUGAUUCUAUUGAGUAUCAUUAUUUUUGGGGCAAUGUCAUAUUUUUUUUCCGAAACUACUUUUUUUAUGCACUAACUCCAUCUACAUUUCAUUUACUCGUAUACCAUAAUUCAAAUUUUGAAUUAUACAUACCUACACGAAAUAGCGCUGCUAUAUAUUAUCAAAACUUCAUUAAAAUCAAAUAUUAUGCAACUUUGCCCAGUCAUAUAUGGCACAAUACGUAUAAGAGCUCUUAGAAUAUAAUACACACAAUAAAUUACAUCUUUUGAUCUUGUCAAUGCCCACAACGACUCGAAUCAUUUGUUAAGAGCUAAGCUAAAAUAUCCAAAAGGAUUUAAAAUUCUGUUAAGCGCUGGUCGCCUAGCGGUAAGAGCAUGCGACUGUCAAUCCGGACGUAGUAUAAAAAAAAUCUAUAUUCUUCCAACUAAAUACAUCGUCAUUACUUCUAGCCGUUUUCCUCGUAAAAGUCCUUCUUCCGUAGAUAGAUGCAGAAAAUAUAUAUUUCGACCGGUAACAGAACAGGAAAUAGAAGCAAAGUUAUAAGUUAUAAUCAGUUGUUUCCCUCCGUUAUGAAAAUAAUCAGUGUAUUGCUAUCUCGUUCUUUAACAUAGUACACACACACACACACACACGCACGCACACACACACACACACACACACGCACACACACACAUAUAUAUAAUAACGAGUGUAAAUAUUUUUAGCAUUAAUCAGUGGGCAAAGUAAGAAUGUAAUGUGAGCUUUUUUGAAGGAUAUAUUUUUAUUACUUCUAUAUCGGUUACUUGUUAUUAUAGCUAGUUAGUUCUUGUAAAUUUAUUUUUUUAUACGAAUACAUUAUAAACAGAUAUAUUCAAAAUAAUGUACAGAUAAAUCACAUGAAAUAGUUUCGUAUGGUGCCAUAUAUGACUAUCAGUACCGUAAAACCACCCAACUAUAGUCCAAAGCUCCCAACUAUGGUCCACAAAUAAACUCAAUUUUUCUCGUUCAGGUGUGUAUUUUACUAUAUUUUUGUAGUUCUAAGGCAAAGUAUGUUUAUAAAUGGAAGGUAAAACUAGGAGUAAACCAAAAGGAACAUUGGUAUAGAUACUUAAUUUCCUUUUGAACUUGUGGACCAUAGUUGCAGUAUUGGACUAUAGUUGGGUAGUUUUACGGUACUAAAAUUGCAUAACAACGAAACGGUUGAUGGUUUACAUGAAAAUACAAUACAUGGCGUACACGCGAGUUACUUGAAUCGUUAAGACAUUGUACAGAUUAUUUUCAUCAUAGAUGUACCAACCAUUCAAAUUACACUAAAGCCCAUUUUGAUGGUUGGCAAAGUCACACUGAAAUUACAUGUCCGCGGGCAAUCAUUAUUUUAUCACUCAUAUACAUUUUAUUGUUAUCUGAGAGAAUUACAUCGUCGUUUUUCACAUUUUUCAUUCGUUACGUAAAAACUGAGUGCAAAAUUAAUUUUGUAAUUUACGAUUUAUCGACUGUUACUUAUGAAAUAAAGUCCACUUUGGAUUUUUUUACUGAGAUUUUUUCCAGUCUGAUUUUACAGUAGUCCUCGUAAUAGUAGUCAAAAUAAGUUCCGACAGCUGUAUAAUAGCAAAUCAUAAAGUUUAACUUGCUCAUGUGCAUUGAAUAUUAUUUUUAAUAUAUUUAAAAGCUCGUGUUGGUCCUUUGUUCAAUUUCAAUUCAAUUCAAUAAUUUAUUUCAGAUAUAAUAAUUUGUCUUUGACCUUCAAUGGGCAAAGUUACCAUCGUUCAAAAAUGAUUUCAAAGCACUACUAAGUAAGGUCAGUACGGGUAAGUGAUUGGAUUAUAAAUAUUAUAAUCCAUUUGUCUGUAUUAAAAUAUUCUUAAUAAAUUGAUCUUAUUCCCGAGUAAAAUAAAAUUCGAAUCAAGAAUGAUGCUAUAUCAUCAAUAUAUGUCGUAAUAUCUUUUCUAUAAUUUGGAUUCAACAAUGCGAAUGCCAAUAUACAUAUUCUCAGUCGAUUAGUUUCGCGUCGUAUCGCGUUUUAAUUUUACUUCCUACAUAACCUAACUUAGGUAGAAGGAUGUAGUAAUAUUUAGGCGUAUUCAGGUGUUUUUGAACUAAUAAAAAAAAUUGUUUUUAAAAUUCAUUGGACGCUUUAGGCUUUGUGUAAACAUUUAUUAUCUCCGGUCAAAGAUACAUUGUACAAUUUGCGUAAAGUCUAAAAAAAACGUAAGGUCAAUACGGGUAAGUGUGUCUGUGGGAUAAGUGUAACUGGCCUCCACAUUGGGGCCUGUUUACACAUUGAUUAGUGUUUAUUGCGAGUACAUACAUUUGCCGCUAAACGCAAGCAAUUAAAUAAAGUAUAAACUCGCUUUAAAAGUUAAUCAAUGUGUAAACAAGCUCCAAUGUGAAGUCCAGUAACACUUACUCGUAUUUGCCUUACCCGCUUUGUGUUAACGGAAUUGUCAAACGUCAACUUUUGACAAUCAACUUUCGAACACGAAUAUGUCUUAGGCUUUACACACUUAAUACAAUAAUUGAAUGUCUUUGUUAGAUACUGUAAGGCAGUUGACGUUUCUCUCGUGUGUUGACAACUUUUUUCUUCAUAGUUUCUGUGUCGACUAUUAAAAUUAUAUGGGUACUUUCUUAGAGUAUUAGAAAUGUUUGUCAAUCAAAUUUGGAUAAGCUGAUAUUUCUCCCAAGAAGUUGUACCCAAACGACUGAUAUUGUUUAUAAUGAUAAACUAAAUUCGUUCCAUACGUUGUGAUGUACUUUUUUGGUACUGAAAAUAUAAUAACCGGUUUUUUAACGUGGUAUUGUAAUAACAGUUAUAAGUCAAGAUUUCGGUACCAAUAUAUGAAUUUUCACAAUUUUUGUAAAACUUGAGGUAAUGGUCUACGUUUUUUAGUAAUGCAGUAAACUAAUUUUGGGUAUAACUUCUGUAAGAACACACUGGGCAUUAAGUGUAUUUUUUGAAGUGUGUGCGCAGUGUGGCUACUUAAAUGCGUCGUUUAUACGUAAUAUCGUCUGAUAUGUAAAUAAGUCGCGUAAAAAUCGAUAUUUGAUCGAUUAUUAAGAGAAAUAGACAAUAGGGAACAUAACGCAAUACUCUGCGCAGGGGGCGCCACUAGCACAAACAGAGGGCCUGCUGCGGAACACGUAAAAACGAAAUUUCGUUAUCUAAGCUGGCUCUCUAUCACUCUUGGUUAUUCGAGCGUGGCAGAUAACGAAAUUUCGAUUAUAGUCUUUCGCAGCAGGCCCUCUGUAAAUGAACCGCUUUGAUGCAUCAAUAUCAUAUUUAUUUGUACCAAAUUAUCUAUGAAAACUUGUCAGAAACUGUCUAAGACACAGUAAGUAUACGUUACAUAGAGCGAUAGAGAGGCAGUUCACGAAAUUUCGAUUAUCGCGUUUCACGGUAGGCUCUCUUUGGGCAAACCGCCUUGAUGCUUAAAUGUCAUUGUGAAAACUUCUCAAAAAGUUUUUCAAUGGUUUACAAUGUCCGAUAAUGCUAGUGCUGCACUCUGGCGGUAGACCAUUGCAGUAAUACGUUCCAUGGGUAACGGUUAUCCUGAUCGGCGUUUUCAUCACAAAUUGGAGCGCCGUUAAUAAUUUUAACGUUUUUUUUAGUUCUUUUGUGUAGGUGCAUAAUCCUAUUAACGAAAAAUAAGUAACAAAUAGGAGAAAUUAACUUUUUAUUUAAUUAUAGUAAGUGUCCACAAAUCACGAAUAAAACCAUGUCGGACGAUAAAACUUUAAAUCGCCGUAAUUUAAGGUAUUUUCAUCCUUACUCUCUGCUGUCUAGUUGGGAACGUUUCAUAACUAUUAUAGUUAUAUAAUUUUCGGUAUCGGUACGCCUAAAACACCGGAAGCAGUAUACCGGUAAUUAACGGUACCGAUUUACAGUUAGCUUAUCGUUAUUUAUAUCGUUAUUCGGCUUCUUGCAAAUGUGGCCCGUUCAGUGACUUUUGAUCUCUGAGCCGACAUUCAGUGCCUUUAACUUUGCUUAGUUAUACAUCACAGAUUUUACUUUAAAUGCGUUUUCAAUGGUUAUUUUUCACAAGCCCACGUUUGAAACGCUCCCAAAUAAAUCCAAGUAGUGCGUAGCUUCCUUCGGUAAUGCUAGAGUAUAAAUAGUAAUAUUUUUGGUAUAUAGGGAGCGACAUCUAAGGCUGGUGAUACAUCUUAUAAUAAUGUUCAAUCUGCACUUCAUUCUUACCAACAAUACCGGUACCUUUCAGGCCGUUACUCAAAAAACGUGUUAAAUAACGGUAUAGGAUGGAGUGUAGGUAGAGCGUUGAUGAAAAAUAACGUAAGGCUGUAAAAUAGAUUUAGCUGAGAGAUACAAUUCAACGCCCAUUUUGUAAAUAUAAUUAUUUUGUGAUAAGGAAUGUUUAGAAACUAAUGGCGGUGUUGGCGACGUGCUUUUCCGAAAAAUCGCUGUCCUGCUCGCUCUUAAUGUGUAGAAAAGGAUGAAAGGUUUUUGGGACGGUUACGUCGUGUUAUUUUUGUAGUAACAGGCGUUUUCAUUUAGUUAUAGAGCAAAUUUACAUUAUCCUAUUAAAAUGUAAUUAUUAAUGAAUUUGUUUUAAGACAGUGUUAUUUUGUCGUAUAAACAAAUGUGGUCAGUUCUUCACUGCAAUAUUCUGCAAUCUUAAGUCCUCUAGUAGGCAUUUUUUUCAGUACCGAAACCUAAAUGGUAGUUUUUUGGUACUGCGCGAUCUAUCGGAGACUAGAUUUUUGUUAAUAAACUUAGUGCAAUCGUAUACUUGUUUAUUUUGAAGUAUUGCUUAUUUUUUAUCUUAUUUACUACCUUUGUAAUGAUUUUUCAGUCUCUUUUCGGUACUGAUGUGCCGUAGGAGUUUUCAAAAUAAUGAAAUUUCCGCAUUGAUAAAUUUCGAAAGUUCUUCAAUAUUUUGUAUGGGGAUCGAAAUAUUCCGUUUUCUAUGAUGUUUUUCUUAAAUUGCCGAGAUGUUUUUGAAACUUUCCGCAAAUCGCACAUCUGUAGGGCUAAGAUGGUCGGAUCUUUAUCAUUUGUCACCAUGCCUGUCACGUUCUAACAAGUAUGUAAGCGCGAAAGUGACGGACAUAGUGACAAGUGAUAAAAAUGGAACCAUGAUGCCACCGCUGUACUCAUAAUAAAUUUGACCAUAUUAACAAAACAACAAAAAUAUUGGACGACAGAUAUAUAUCUACGUACACUUUUCGCUCUGUUACUAAUUAUAACGUUAUAAUAAUAAUCGAGUCCAACUACUUUCAUAGCGAACAGCUUGAUUCUCAGGCGGUUGGUAAAGUAAUUCCGCUGUGAUUUACUUCUAGAAGGUAGCUGACUGGGUCUAAAACUGGUUCAUCCUCCUAAGACCGUGCAAGAUAUAUAAGAUUCUACAAUCUAUUUUCAAUAACUAAGGGUCCCAAAGUCAAAAACAAAACAACAGCUUCUGUCAUACCGGCUGUACACACUCAUCGAGAGACCCCAAGACAGGGCGAGUACAAGUGUGCACAUACUGCUCCCUUCUCGUCUCGCUCUUACUCCUCUCAUCUUGCUCUUCCCCGAUGGGGUCGUUGCCGACAUUCUCGACGAGAGACUCAACGAGUGUAACAUAAUACAAUUUGCAUUAUGCAGCCAAGCGUUCAACCAGCACGUAGCUGACCAUGAUAAUUGAUAACUUCUUACCAACCGUCUUAGAUAUACGUUAGAACUAAUUAAUCAGUCGCUCUAAAUGACUCGUGUAAUUUAACGGGAUGUAGAUAUAAGCCACCAAAUUAUUUUUGGUAAUAUUUGUUUUUCCUAGGAAAAGUCAUAUUUAUUGCGUCGCGGUCUGUUUCAAGGCCAGGUUACUAAUAAUUUAAGUGAUUUGUUUUUGUGCAAUUUGUGCUCUGAUGCGUUAUGUUUUACUGUUCACUUUUUGACACAUUCUUUUUGCUCUUAAAUCUGUUUUAAGGUCAGUAGGGGUGAGUAGCUGGCUGUCGCAUUGUGACCUCUUUACACAUUGAUUAGUGUUUAUUGCGAGUUCAUACAUUGGACACUAAACGUACGUAGCAAUGAACGAUAUUCAAUGUGUCAACAGGCACCAAUGUGUUCACCUGACCUUAAAUGUUACAAUAUAUUUAAGUUCUUUAUUAAACAACGUGAAUUACAAGAGCUCCCGCCAUCUAGUGAUAAAAGCCUGAGCUACUUGUAAAAUAAAACCUAACAUAGAAGUCCCGAAAAACGUAUUCAAGACAUAACGAAUAGACGCAAUAAUCCCACAGUUACAUUAAUACCGGUUGAGUUUACUAAAUUGAAGAAUGACUUAAUGUUUCUUUAAAAAGUGAACAGUAUCUUAAUUUGCAAUUUCGCACCCAGCGUUGCUCAGUCUCGACCUUAAGACUAAAUGAAACGACUAUUUAAGUAGCUAAAUAACCAUAUUAGUAUUUAUUUAUUUUUUAGCGUUAAAUCGUUUGGGCUUGCUUUCAUUGUUAAGUGUCAGAUAGUCUAAUGUAUCAAUUACACUGACGUAGUAUCACAAUUAAGGUUAAUACUGGUAAGUGUGGCUGUAACGCAAGUAGCAAACGUAAAAACUAGCAAAAAACUAAUCAAUGUGUAAACAGGCCCCAAUGAAGGCCAGCCACAUUUACUGGUAUUGACCUACCACACUUGUGUAAAUGCAUUAUAAAUAUAAAAAAUCUUUGACACUAACAUGACGAAAAAACAACUUUUUAAUAGGACUUUAUUCGCUUUUAAGUUGCACAGUUUAUAAAGAUUAAACUUUGACUUUAAGAGACUUGACUGUUCACCAAUUUUACAAAUUUGACUGACGGUUCGAGUAAAACGCAGCGAUCUUACAGAAAGGGACAGUAAUAUUCUUUGUAACUCAUUCUUGUAGAUAACUGCGUCUCUAAUGUUGUUCAUAGUAAAGAUUCAUUGAUAAAAGAUGGGUAGUCUAAGAAAUAGCGUUCGAAUUUGACAGCCAAAGAAAGUAACGGCGCCAUGUUAAGUACUAAGUCUGUCUUAUUCGAAGCAUGAAUUAGUCUUAGACUUCACUGAUACAUUCAUUGGAUCAUUACACGUCUAUAAAUUGGUAGAAAAUAUGCAGACUAAGGAAAGUAAGAUCAGUACGGGUUAGGGCUGGCUUUCACAUUCGGGUCCGAUUACAUAUUGAUUAGUGAUUAUUGCGAGUUGCUACUUACAUUCAGUGUAGGAACUAAGCUAAUGUAGGAACUCGCAAUGAACACUAAACAAUGUGUAAACAGGCCCCAAUGCGAAGACCAGUCACACUUGCCCCGCAGCCACACUUACCCGUGUUGAGCUUAUUUCAUUAGUCCUCUAAGUUUACAUACGGAGUAUAUAUGCCGUCAUUCUUUCACUGUAAUUUAAAUAUAAUACAUGCGAAAUCCGCCCGUGAAAUUUCCGUCACACCAUGUUACUUUGAAUGCAUUUAAUUGUUUAAAAAUAUAGUUUAAGAUAAUUUAAACAAAUCACGCAAUUGAUUUUUUCUAAUCAUUAGGUAAUUAUUGUAAAUUAGAAAAUUUUUUAUCGUAAGGAACUGUCCGAUUCGAAAUUUAGUUAUGAAAUUCAAUUCAGCUAUAAAGCGCUUAACACACCUUACUUAAUUCAGUAAAUGGCGACGCAGCAAUACGUAGAAGUGAGAUGCAGAUAUCUCUAUUGUGUCUAAAAUAGCUGCCUCCUUGUCGUCAGUUACUAAAUUCAGGAAGGUGUAACCAGGUCUUGAGUAGGUAAUGAUUUUUAUUUUAUUUUCUUAUAUAGUCUGUAUAAAAGUGACAGAAAAUAAAAAAUGAUUUUAACUGCUUUUGAUGUGAUGAAUGAUUUUAAAUGAGUUUACUGAAAAAAGCAGUUUUAACUUCAAGCUAGUCUAAAAAUUAAUGUUUUUUUUUCUAUAUUCUGUAUGAAAGCAACAGAUUAUUAAGCCUAAGUUUGUCUAAAAAAUGUGUAAUAUUAAACUUUUCACAAACUUUCGGUGCGUUCUUUGUGCAAUAAAAAAAAGUAAAAUUGUCAGUCGGACAGUUACCUACGUAAGCUGCUGUUUUUUUUUUCAUUAAACGUUGGAGUAAGUACUAAAUUAUAUUUAUUAAUAAAUAAUCGAACAGGCGUCGGGUUGGCUCUUUCAGUUUUAUUUUUAUAGAAUUAUAUCACUCGUUUCUGAAGUGCCACGUUUUUUAAAACAACACACUUUAUCAGAUUUCCAAUAUUUAAUCAUUAUACACGACGAAUUACGCAAAAAAUAACCCCCUUGUAAUGUUUCGUCUCUUCAUUUUUCCGAUAUAUGGGCGAAAUGCAAUAAAAAGUAGUUAAGUAUAGUUAAGGAUCUUCAAUUAAUCUUAAGUUAAUUGAUUCCAUUGUGUUACGAACAUUAAAUAUUGUAUUCAUUGUACUUAAUUCGUACAUAUAUGUCUAUGGUAUACCCUUUCAUGCAUAAAACUUAAACAGAAACCGCUUAAUUGUCGUAACAUAAUGUAAUCAAUUACUUUCAGACUAAAUACAGGUCCUUAACUGUGUACAUUUUUUUGCAAUUCGCUUCGCGCGCUCUUACGUACAGUCGCCAUCAGAUAUAUCAGAGCGGCCAAAGUGCUCACAAAUAUCUGAACACGACUUUAUCGUCAAGUCGUUAGAGUGCGUGUUCAGAUAUUUUUGAGCUCCUCGGCCGCUCAGAUAUAUCUGAUGGCAACUGUACACUACGUACAGGCCGUCAUUUACCAGUAUUAUAUAGUAUAGUCUGUGCUAUCCACGAUGACGCGCCCCACUCUAGUACCUACAGUACAAGUUGUACUAUAAGCUAUUAGGAAGAAGAGUAGUGGAGCGUGUCUUCAUGGGUGGCAUAAACUAUAUCUCUAUCCGGGUAGCAGUCACAUCUUCAAAUUAAGUGAUUCAUAUAAUAUCGAUUGAACUUCACUUUAAUAAUUUCGUUUGAUCGUCUAUUCUUCAGCAAAUACAGUUCAAGUAACCGUAAAGUCAAGUUAAGUGGGCGACGUUCCAAAAUUAACUGAACACUGCUUUAUUGUAAAAAAAAGGCUUGUGGAGAUAAUUUUGAACACUUCGCUCAGAUAGCUAAUUCUGCUACUAGAAUGUCAGUACAUUCCAAAUGUUACGGGCGACGGUAAUCCAUUACGCAAUUCGGCUGAUCAUAAAAAAAGACUAUUGUAUUUUAGCAUAUUGGCAAUCUGCUUAAACGUUUUUGUUAAUAAAUGUGGCAUUUCGCAAACGGGCGAAUUAUAUUGGGGCCCACCUCAAUGGAAAAUGUGAGUGCAUUUGUUUAAGAAUGCAUAGAUUUUUUUUUUUCAUUUUGUAAUAUUUAAAAAAGAAAUUAUAUCGUUGGAUACCGGUAACUGACGUGCUGCCGCUCUCGCUUACCGGAUCAGAGAUAUAUUUUGAAACCGAAAUCUCAUGCUAGCAUUUCAGUACCGGUAUCGGGGCGUCAAGCCCGAUCGUCAUUCGACGAUAUGUUAGUAAGUUUAAAAAGUUGAAUAUGGAUAUAUAUAUUUAAAUGUAAAAGAAUAUAUAUUAAUAUACUAAGUUUGUGAUGUGAUUUUUAAUGAAGUCAGUACAAGUAAUUUGAUUUAUUCAAACGAAUCAUGUAAUCCUUGAAGUAUUUGAGGGAAAUUUAUUAGAGUGAUUUAUACAUUUUUUGUAUUUUUUUCCCUCAAAUUCUAUAAAAUAAUUUUUUAACGUCCUAGUCACUGUAACAGUGACAUGUCAUCUUUAAACUUAAAUUGUCAGUAGAGGUGACAGGUGACAUUAGCAGCGUGACGUUUAGCUAACUAUAUAAAAAAUUGAUUAUUCUUUUGUUACUACAAUCGAAAAUGCAAACGAUUAAAUUCUGACCAAGCUUACUCUGCGUGGCUUGCAAUGACAAAGUGUGGCAAUGUCAUCAUCAAUGUUAAAUUUCUAUGAAAAUAUGACGGCAAUGACUCUCUCGCACUUUGUUCUGUUCCAAUCAUUGCAGAUUUAGCUUGGAAAGACUAAAACCAAGAAUAGUAAAAAAAUAUGCAAAAAAUGUAUUAAUUAAUUAGUUAACUAAAGUUAGUGUGUAUCUAUAGGCCAGGAGCCGCAUGCCACGGCUCGCCGUUGAUUAUUUUUGUUGCUUCGACAGAUUGUUUUCCUUGAUGAGUAAAAGUUUAUAUGGUAA